AUGAUUCUUUCCAGAGGGUUGAAACAACAAUUCAGAUAGGUUACUAUCUAAACAUUUGCUAAUACAACAAGAGUACCUAAUCCAUUUGCUCAUCAUCACGAUGAUCAUGGACACGAACAUGAGGAUCAUGGACAUGGUCAUGACAGUCAUGGAACAAAACAUUUGGGGAGCAGACCAAAGGUUGAAUAUAAUACCAUUACUACCUUUUUAGACCACAAAAAUUUGUAUACUUAUUUUGAGUAGGGACCUGGAUAUAUGUAUUAUCCAGGAGUGAAUUAUAACGAGGCUCACGGUAAGCCAUAUGACUGGAGAGAUGAUCCCAAAUAUAAUCCGGAUUACUUAACUCCAACAAAGAAUAUCGGUUGUCCAGAUCCAAAAACAUAUGUUUGGCCAUUCGAAGGAAAAUUUGAACCCUUCAACCCUUCUGAAGCAUUGCCUCAAAAUCAUCUAUAUGAUCCAACCCUACUAUUAAAGCCAGAAAACAAAUAGAUUGGUCAACCAAUACAACAUUUGACUGCAGCUCAAUAGGAUUAAGAUGCAGAUGUGAACCAUGAAUUUGAUUACGAAUCUGAAGAUUGCGAUUUUUAGACAGAAAGCUUCAGAACAUAGCAUUUUAGAAAGAGAGGACCAAUGUGGCCAUGGGCUCUAAUAGCCACAAUGCCAUUUGUAUAUUUCUGGGUUGAAUUCUUAUAUCAGAGAUAUCCAGAUGAAGAUCAUUGGAGAAUAACUCACCCACCUCCUCUUAACUAUCCUGAUAGUGAAGACACUGAUGAUACAGAUACAUAUUAAGAUUACCAUUCACCAAGUGGAAGAUUUUUGAGAGACAUAGGAAUAAUAGGAGAUUUAUGGUUUGACAUAAAGGAUGGUAAGAAAGUGAUGAAUAAAUGGGCAGGAUGCAAUCAACCUUUGCCAGAUAUUUGA